GUUUCCUUGUCAUAAAUCUGUGAAACAAACUCCCUGAUACUGCAUAGAACAUAGCCACUUGAAAUCAACCGCUGAGGUAAGUGGGAUGAAAGUAGCUGGGUUGUAAACAAGGGUUGGUAUUGGGACAGGAUGGUGCGGCAUUGUGGCCCUUGGAUGACCGCAACGUGCUUUGGGAAUCUUGAAAUUGAAUUGAAAAUUUAAAACCCUCGUUCAGUGUGCCUUUAAACCGUAGUAGGCAAAUAAUUGUAAGUAGUAUCUGACGUGCUCAUGAAAUUUGCUCUAAGACUGAAGAGUUCACUGAACCAAAUGGAGGGAAGUUAUUCCAAAGCCAUUAAUUCGUAAGUUUUUUUUUUAAAGAUUAACUUUAUGAUGAGUUAGCCUUGAAACCAUACAGAAAUAUGUAGACACCAAUCUGACGUUUGAAGAUAAGAACAAAUGAAUUCAGUCCUUUUGUUAAGACACCGUGGUCUAUUUUUCUUUUUAAAAUUCAAAAUUAUAUAGCAGAAUUGUAUUUCAGUUAUUUAGCGAUGCUGAAAUUUCAUAAAAAAUGUUACUUCAUCCGUGACUGACAAUCAGGACUUGUAUAGCUUUACUUCUCAUUCGUAGAUUAUUUCUGUAUUUUCGAUGAUUUUUUCCGUCAUUUACAGUUCAUUUAAGACUAGUUUUCUGUAACGCGUUUUUUUGCAGAAAAAUUCAUCAUGUUUUACAUCGUUGCUGUACUGAUGGCAUCUCUAGCUGUGGGAGUAUCAGCACAAGGAAGCACUAAGAAUGACACAUGUUACAGAUAUGAUGUAGAUGGAUGCAGCAUUCCAUUCCAGCUGCCAUUUUUCUUCAAAGAUUUGUUCACUCACUCUUGUGCCCGCCACGAUAUCUGCUACCACUGUGUGGGUAUUUGUAUGUAAGAGGGGUGGACCGCUCGUUUUCUAGAGGGUGUAUUCUGCUAUCACUGUGUUGGUAUUUGUAUGUCAGAGGGUGGGCUGUAUAGAGGAUGUAUUCUGCUACCACUGUGUGGGUAUUUGUAUGUCAGAGAGGCGAGGGGACCCAUGGGGCCACCCAUUAAUAACGUCAUAAUUUUUAUUUUAAAAAUGGGGGGGGGGGGUUGGUGAAUUUGUAACGACGUUAGCCGAGAGUAUCUACAUUUUAAUAGAAAUUUGUGGGAUGGGGGAGGGUUAAAAAUUUCAAUCAUAAUACCGUGGCUCCGUUUACUGUGUGGGUAUUUGUAUGUCAGAGAGGCGAGGGGACCCAUGGGGCCACCCAUUAAUAACGUCAUAAUUUUUAUUUUAAAAAUGGGGGGGGGGGGGUUGGUGAAUUUGUAACGACGUUAGCCGAGAGUAUCUACAUUUUAAUAGAAAUUUGUGGGAUGGGGGGGGGUUAAAAAUUUCAAUCAUAAUACCGUGGCUCCGUUUUCGGGGGUCCCCUAUGAGUUGAUCACUGGUAGAUAAAGGAAUCUUUUAAAGGAAUAAUAUGUAAUGGUAGGGGAGGAUACAAAGAUGGCAACUGGGCUUUUUUCAAUUGCCUUGUAGGAAGUGAUGUAACACACAUAAAGUAUCAUCCUGAGUUGUAGUCGUUUCACUAUCAAUAAAUGUCCAAAGGAUCUAAGUUUAAGUGUGGGAUGUUGUUUUGUUCAAUUCCCUAUGUUGGAGAACCCACCACGUUAAUUAUCAUGAUUAUUAUUUUUUUAAAUCUCUAGAGGCCCCUUCACCCACCUAAAAAAAGGAGAACAUCAAAAAAAGAAAACGUUUUGUGGUCCUCAAACGGUUCACUCUUUGUGGGAGACGGGAACAUGACAUUUAGGAACUUCUGAUGAAACCUCAUCAACUGACAGAUGUUGAUUUUGUUAACGUUUGUUUACAAUGAAAUGAUGGGCAAUCUCAAGAGGCAGACAGAUUCUACGGGAAAAUAUUCUACAACCAAUAACACACUGCUUAUUGAGAAUGAUCUUUUCGAGUUUUCCUUACUAUCUGCAGCGGUAGAUUUGAUGAACACAUUUUAGUACAUAUGUAUAUACAACACCAGCUGUGUCAGGUUGUAAUCUUGUCCCGCUUUUGUGUUUCAGGGUGUGUCUUACCUUAUUGGGAGAGCAACUUGCGAUCUGAGCUUCAGAAACGACACCACAACAUCCUGUAAAAAGCGCUAUAUUAACACCGUUCUGUAUUAUCUGCCCGGUGUCGCCCAGCCUCCAUAUGCCCACAACAGACAGAGGCUGGCUGAAGUUGUUGACAACCAUAAAGGUGAACUCGUAUUGCUUCUCGAGGAGGAGCUGCGAGCGUUUAAACCCAGCCAAUCAAACCCCGGUGUGUCAGUGUAUUUUAUAUUUUUUAACAUUCCACGCACAACGAGAGUCUUGAUCAAGUGGAUUGAGUUGAUGAAAGAUGAUUUAUCCAACAUUACGAAGGUUGGUGAAAGAGCCACUAUAAGCGAAAGCGAUGAUUUAAAGAAUGUUGAAGGUAUCGCCGAAAAGAUCAUUUGCAAAACCAUCUAUGCAGCAACUUCUUUGUUUGGGAUCCGCCUCGACUGCGAAGAUAUUAGAUACAUGGCGUGUCAUUUCUUCUCAGAGGUCUACUAUCUGGGCGUGCAUGUCUUCGGUGGACCCCACUACCUCAAAGCCCCUGAAUUCUACUGCAAGGAGGACUUUGUCCCUAAAUGCCUUCCAGGCUCUCCACUUUGAUUACAAUGGCAAAGCCAAAGUUUACACUGUUGGAUUGAAUUUUUUAAAAUAAAUUUUACUGUCAUAUAUCAGGGGCAACAGGAUCCUUGAAAGGAAAAUUUGCGCCCAAGGAAAAAACCUGAAAAUCCGGUGUCGCCCCUUCGAUUUCAUUAAUAAAUAAUGCCCCACAUCUAUAUACAUAUAUAUUUUAACUGCUUUCGUUUAAAAAAUUUGGUUCCCACCUAAUGUGUCCAUGGAAGCAUUUGUAUCUUCUUCAAACCCUCCUCCCCCCUCCCCCCCCCAUUUUUUUCACAGGGUCGUUGUUAUUGUCCUGUCUUUCUGUUUCAAGCUUUCACAUACCUUGUUCUGCUAUUUCCCUGAGGACUUGGCGACACAUGUACAUAGGUGAUAUAUUAUUUAUAAAUAUUCGUUUUAAUUUCGAGCUUCAAUUUAGUUUUAAAGUUGUAUAAUUCAGCUCAAAUUGUUAUAUAUGUAUCGAAGAAUAUUUAAUAAAAGCUAUUUACU